CGGGCGGGUGAUUUGAAUCUUCGCAGCUGGAGCUGCAGCGAAAGGGCGCGGGUAGCCCCGUUGCCGGUCCGGGGAUAACCAGCCUGGCUAUGGAAGGGGAAAAGGAGGACGAUGCGCAGCACCGCGCUGCCAUUGGAGAAAAAUAUGAGAUGGCUUCUAUGGAUUUAAAUGGCUUAAGCUGUCACAUCAACACCAAGAUUUCAAUUAUCAAAAAGUCACUUCAGUUGAGAAAGAUGGACAAGGACCCAUCUCUGAAGACGGUGCUCGGUAAGAUAGCCCACGAGAUGUAUCUCCUGAAUGAUCUCCUGAAUCAACUGGAGCUCGAAUGCCACCGUCAGGAAGGACAGCAAAAUCAACUCAAGGAGCUCCAGGAAUCGAUCGAGAGGGACUAUAAUGAAAUUCAGCAUCUUGAAGAAAACAUACCCAUUCACCUGCCCAAAGCAAUCCCAAACAGCUCUGUGGACUUAACUUUGAAGAAAGAAGAGCAGGGCAAAGAGGCAGAGGCUCCUCGUGCAAGGAAGCCUGCAAAAGAGGCCAAGUGCAUUAAAGAGGCGCCCUUCCUAACGGCCGAGGAGUUUGAGAGUGUUCCUGCGUACAUGCGCGGCCGACUAACGUAUAGCCAAGUCAAUGCUGUCAUUCAAGAAAUUAACAAGGCAGUUACGAGCAAGUACAAGAUUAUGCGUCAGCCUACUAAAUCCAUGACUGCUGCUGUCAGGAACCUCUACUUCAGAUUCCAGGAAGAAGAAACCAAGGAUACGAAAGGUGAAUUUUUUAUCGUGGAGGCCGACAUCGAAGAGUUCACACAACUGAAGGCAGACAAGCGUUUCCAUAGCAUCCUGACCAUCUUGCGGCAUUGCCAGCGAGUGCGCGAGAUCCGUGGCUCCCGACUUGUUCGCUAUGCCAUUUGCUGAGACGCUGUGGGAUCGUGCAAGACCUGGGACUGGCGUCCUGAACAGCCAUGCAGAGAAGCGAGUUCUACAGGACUGCCUUGUUGAUUCUGAAUAUAUGUUGCAAAGCCGUUCCUUUGCAGCUCUUCCUUCUUAUUCUUACUAAUUAUGGUGAGA